GAGCAUAUCGUUCACUUCGAAGAGAAUUUCUUUUCCGUUUCCAAAGCCAGCAAGAUGAAGAUCGGCUUGUGCGCGUACAGUGGAUACAAAAUUUAUCCCGGCCAUGGCAAAACCAUGGUCAAAAUUGAUGGAAAGACAUUCACUUUCCUCAAUUCAAAAUGUGAGGCUGCUCAUUUAAUGAAGAGGAACCCACGUAAAGUAACAUGGACUGUCUUGUACAGACGCAAGCACAAGAAAGGUCAAGAAGAAGAGUUGACUAAGAAACGUACUCGUCGUACACAGAAAUUCCAACGUGCUAUCGUAGGAGCUUCUCUUAAUGACAUCCUUGCCAAGAGGAACAUGAAACCCGAAGUACGAAAGGCACAAAGAGACCAAGCUAUCAGGGCUGCAAAAGAGCAGAAGAAAUCCACGAAAGCAGCAAAGAAGGCUGCAGCUCCACCUAAAGUGAAAGCCCCACCAAAAGCUAAGGCCGCUAAAGUGAGCCAGAAAGCAGCCCCCAGGGUUGGCGGUAAACGAUAAGUGGUGUUGGAGAUUAUUUCUAAUGUAUUAUAUGAAAAAUAAAUUUGUAAAAUGCUAAAGAAAUA